CGAAAUGUCGCCGCGCGUCGCGACGUCGACCCUGUCGUGGUGCAAGGCGUAUUACUUCUGCAACAGCUUCGGCCUCGCGUGUUUGCUGCCGUUCUUGCCGCUGUUUUACGCGUCGUGGGGGCUCAGCAAGUCGCGCGUCGGAUGGAUGGGCGCGACGCGGCACUGCGUCGGCGCCGUCUUGACGCCGUGCUGGAACGCGCUCGCGGACGCGACGAAGGCGCACAACGCGGUGCACUUCGCGUGCAUCGUCGCGCAGGCGCUGGCGUACUUCGCGCUGGCGCGCGCGAACCACGCGUGGCCGGGGAUAUGGUGGCGCGUCGUGUUGGCGGAGAGCGCGGCGUGCUGCGUCGGGUCGCUGGGCGAUAACGCGACGUGCUUGAUGGUGAAGCGAUGGAAUCUCGAGCGAGGCGUCGGAGAGGACGACGCGGGAGGGGCGUCGUACGGGAAACAGCGGCUCUGGGGGGCGGUGAGCUGGGGAUUAGUCGCCGCGCCGACGAUGGGCGUCAUCAUGAGCGUCGGCGGGCCGAGGGCGAGAGCGCGCGCGCCGUUCUCGGGAUGGUUGAUUUUUUUGCUCGUCUCCGCGAUGAUCUCGACGAGGUUGAGACACGAUCCCGUGGUGAGCGAAAACGCGGACGCGGCGAAAAAUGAGCACGAGAUGGGUGAGGUCGCCGCGGAUGAAGUCGUCGGGACGAAGAUGUCGCGAAGAAUCGCGUCGGCGAACGACUUGCACGCGUCGCAAGAUUCAAUCGCCGUGCGGUUGUGGCGCGUCGUGCGAGACCCCGCGGUGGCGCUGCGAUUCUUUUUGUUUCUCAUGUCGGGCGCGUCGAUGACGAUCACGGAUUUGUAUUUGUUUUUAUGGCUGGAAGAUUUAGGAGGCACUCCCGCGACGAUGGGCGCGGCGCUCUUUUGUACGUGCGUGUGCGAAGUCGCCGUCUUUUACAACGGCGCCAAGAUCAAGAAGGCGCUCACGCUGGAUUGGUGCCUGGCCCUCGUGCCGUUUUGUUACUUCAUCAGACAGUUUUACUACUGGCUUUUACCCGCGUUCGGCAAUCCCUGGGCCGUUUUGCCGGUGCAAUUUUUACACGGCGUCACGUUUGGGUUGUACUGGAGCACGGCGAAUGAUUUCAUCCAAGACAUAAGUCCGUUCGGGUUGAGCGCGUCCAUGACUGGGCUUUUCAGCGCCGUCAACUCCGCCGGAGGCUUCAGCGGCGCCGUGCUCGGCGGCAUGGCGUACGACGCCUUCGGCGGCGGCGGUCUGUUCCUCGGCGUCGGUUUAAUAAACUUGUGCCUGGGCGUGUUUUUCACCGCACUCAAGCUCAGGAGCGAUCGCGCGAACGCCGUCGCGUACGUAUUACUCGAGAGCGAAUCGACCGAAGAAGCGAACGCCCUUUAGCUCUAGAUCUUAGUUAGCUCUGUAGACAUCGCUAGACGCUAGACCGUAGUCGACCGCUAUGCGUACGAGCACACGUAGUGAAACUGUCCCUCCACGCGAAUGUCGAACGACGAAUCGCCUUCGAAGGAUUCGAGCGGCAUGGCGCGAGGGCGCGUGUGCGGUCGGCGGCGCGUCGUCGGCGGCGUCGUCGGCGGUGGCGAUCUCGGCGGCGCGCGGGCGACGCGCGGCGUCGUGAAGUGUGCUGGAAAUGCGUAGUUUACAGAGUACAAUC